GAUUGUGUAGUUCUGAUGGAGCCCCCUUUGAGCAAGAGGAACCCGCCAGCGCUGAGAUUAGCGGAUUUGGCAACGGCUCAGGCCAGGCCGCUUCAGAAUAUGACAGGCUUCCCGGCGCUGGCCAGCCCGCCCGCCCACUCCCAACUCCGAGCCACAGCCACGCACCUCCGCCCUCGGGACCUGAGCUCUGACCCCGGCGUGGCCAUCACUCCGCUCGGACCCGAGCACAUGGCCCAGGCGAGCGCGCUCGGCCUCAGCCCUCCCUCAAAGGCGCUCCCGGCACAUCCCGAGGCGCCGGCGGCCGCCGCCCGCGCUGCAGCCUCGGUCGCGCACCCCGGCGCCAGCACCUACCCCGGUGACGGGGGCAGCGGCCGCGCGCAGCCCUCCGCGCCCCCGCCCCCAGCCCCUCCUCUUCCUCCCUCCCCUUCACCCCCUCCUCCUCCCCCUCCCCCUCCUCCUGCCCUCUCGGGCUACACCGCCACCGACAGUGGCGGCGGCGGCAGCAGCGGCAAAGGCCACAGCAGGGACUUCGUCCUCCGGAGGGACCUUUCCGCCACGGCCCCCGCGGCGGCCAUGCACGGGGUCCCUCUUGGAGGGGAGCAGCGGUCUGGCACAGGCUCCCCCCAGCACUCGGCCCCGCCUCCUCACUCGGCUGGCAUGUUCAUCUCGGCCAGCGGCACCUACGCGGGCCCGGACGGUAGCAGCGGCGGGGGCCCGGCGCUCUUCCCCGCGCUGCACGACGCUCCGGGAGCCCCCGGCGGCCACCCGCACCCGCUCAACGGCCAGAUGCGCUUGGGGCUGGCGGCGGCAGCGGCAGCCGCGGCGGCUGAGCUGUACGGACGUACCGAGCCGCCCUUCGCGCCGCGCUCCGGGGAUGCGCACUACGGGGCGGUGGCGGCCGCUGCAGCCGCCGCCCUGCACGGCUACGGAGCCGUGAACUUAAACCUGAACCUGGCGGCGGCUGCUGCUGCCGCGGCAGCCGGACCGGGGCCCCACCUGCAGCACCACGCGCCGCCACCGGCGCCGCCGCCGCCGCCGCCGGCGCCCGCGCAGCACCCGCACCAGCACCACCCCCACCUCCCAGGGGCGGCCGGGGCCUUCCUGCGCUACAUGCGGCAGCCAAUCAAGCAGGAGCUCAUCUGCAAGUGGAUCGACCCCGAGGAGCUGGCCGGGCCGCCACCGCCACCGCCCCCGGCCGGCGGCGCCAAGCCCUGCUCCAAAACUUUCGGCACCAUGCACGAGCUGGUGAACCACGUCACGGUGGAGCACGUGGGCGGCCCAGAGCAAAGCAACCACGUCUGCUUCUGGGAGGACUGUCCGCGCGAGGGCAAGCCCUUCAAGGCCAAAUACAAGCUCAUCAACCACAUCCGCGUGCACACGGGCGAGAAGCCCUUUCCCUGCCCGUUCCCGGGCUGCGGCAAGGUCUUCGCGCGCUCGGAAAACCUCAAGAUCCACAAGCGCACUCAUACAGGGGAAAAGCCUUUCAAAUGUGAAUUUGAUGGCUGUGACAGGAAAUUUGCCAAUAGCAGCGAUCGGAAGAAACAUUCCCAUGUCCACACGAGCGACAAGCCUUACUACUGCAAGAUCCGAGGCUGUGACAAGUCCUACACUCACCCCAGCUCUCUGAGGAAGCACAUGAAGAUUCACUGCAAGUCCCCACCACCUUCUCCAGGAGCCCUUGGUUACUCCUCAGUGGGGACUCCAGUGGGUGCCCCCUUGUCCCCUGUGCUGGACCCAACCAGGAGUCGUUCUAGCACUCUGUCUCCUCAGGUGACCAACCUCAAUGAGUGGUAUGUUUGCCAGGCCAGUGGAGCCCCCAGCCACCUUCACACACCUUCCAGCAACGGAACCACUUCCGAGUCUGAAGAUGAAGAGAUGUAUGGGAACUCUGAAGUCCCGCGGACGAUACAUUAGA